AACAUGUUGUUGGAAAGGAAGCUAAUAAGUUAAACCUUUGAGAGAUGCCAAAAACAGAGAUAUUCUACAGAGCAGUGGCUGACAUCGCGCCAGGAGAGGAGCUCCUGCUGUUCGUGAAGAGUGAAGCCGACCCCCAUGACACCAUGGCGCCCCACAUCCACGAAGAGCGGCAGUAUCGCUGUGAGGAUUGUGACCAGCUCUUCGAGUCGCAAGCGGAGCUCACGGAGCACCAGAAGUUUCCGUGCAGCACGCCCCACUCGGCGUUCUCCAUGGUGGAGGAGGACUUCGCGCAGAAGCUGGAGGGCGACAGCGACCUCCCGGAGAGGCUCGCCAUCCGGGAGUGCAAGGAGUGCGACCAGGUCUUCCCGGACCUGCAGAGCCUGGAGAAACACAUGCUGUCACACACUGAAGAGCGGGAGUACAAGUGUGAUCAAUGUCCCAAGGCGUUUAACUGGAAGUCCAACUUAAUUCGCCACCAGAUGUCACAUGACAGUGGAAAACACUAUGAAUGUGAAAACUGUGCCAAGGUGUUCACGGACCCCAGCAACCUCCAGAGGCACAUUCGCUCGCAGCACGUUGGCGCCCGUGCCCACGCGUGCCCGGAGUGUGGCAAGACGUUUGCCACCUCAUCGGGCCUCAAGCAGCACAAGCACAUCCACAGCAGCGUGAAGCCCUUUAUCUGUGAGGUCUGCCAUAAGUCCUAUACUCAGUUUUCAAACCUUUGUCGUCAUAAGCGCAUGCAUGCUGACUGCAGAACCCAAAUCAAGUGCAAAGACUGUGGACAAAUGUUCAGCACUACGUCUUCCUUAAAUAAGCACAGGCGGUUUUGUGAGGGCAAGAACCACUUUGCGGCCGGUGGAUUUUUCGGCCAAGGCAUUUCACUUCCUGGAACCCCCGCUAUGGAUAAGACGUCCAUGGUCGCCAUGAGCCACGCCAGCGCGGGCCUGGCUGACUAUUUUGGCGCCAGCAGGCACCCUGCCGGGCUUACCUUUCCGACAGCUCCUGGACUCUCUUUUAGCUUCCCCGGUCUGUUUCCCUCCGGCUUGUACCACAGGCCGCCUUUGAUACCUGCUAGCUCUCCGGUCAAAGGACUGCCAAGUACUGAACAGACAAACAGAGGCCAAAGCCCCCUCAUGACACGUCCUCAGAUACUGCCCGCCACACAGGACAUUUUGAAGGCUCUCUCUAAACACCCCCCCGUAGGGGACCGUAAGCCGGUGGAGCCGCAGCCCGAGCGGGACUCCGGAGAGGGGCCCCUCGAGAAAAGCAGUGACCAGUCAGAGAGUAGUGACCUUGACGAUGUCAGUACGCCAAGUGGCAGUGACCUGGAGACAACCUCGGGCUCCGAUCUGGAGAGUGACCUUGAAAGUGAGAAAGAGAAAUUUAAAGACAAUGGUAACAUGUUCAAAGGCGAAGGGAGCCCGCUUCCGAAUCUGGCUUCGGUCACUAAUAAGAAAGAAUGCAGCAAUCAUGCCACUUUCUCGCCGUCCCUAGAGGAGCAGACUGCGGUGUCGGGAGCGGUGAAUGAUUCUAUAAAGGCGAUUGCUUCUAUUGCUGAAAAGUACUUUGGUUCCGCAGGACUGGUGGGGCUGCAAGACAAAAAGGUUGGAGCUUUACCUUACCCUUCCGUGUUUCCCCUCCCGUUUUUUCCAGCAUUCUCUCAGUCAAUGUACCCAUUUCCUGAUAGAGACUUGAGGUCGUUACCCCUGAAGGUGGAGCCCCCCUCGCCGGGCGAAGCCAAGAGGCUGCAGAUGGGCAGCUCGGAGUCCCCCUUUGACCUCACCACCAAGCGCAAGGAUGAGCCGCCCACGACGCCGGCCGCCUCCAAGGCCCCCGCCGCGCCGGCCGCCGCCGGCCAAGACCAGCCGCUGGACCUCAGCAUGGGCAGCCGGAGUCGGGCCAGCGGGGCCCGGCCGGCCGAGCCCCGGAAGAACCACGUGUUCGGGGAGAGGAAGGGGAGCUGCGCGGAGCCCAGAGCGGCCUCCGACGGCUCCUUGCAGCACGCGAGGCCCACGCCCUUCUUCAUGGACCCCAUCUACAGAGUAGAGAAAAGAAAACUAACGGACCCACUCGAAGCACUGAAGGAGAAAUACUUGAGGCCUUCUCCGGGAUUUUUGUUCCACCCACAAUUCCCACUGCCUGAUCAGAGAACCUGGAUGUCGGCGAUUGAAAACAUGGCGGAAAAGCUGGAGGGCUUCAGUGCCCUGAAACCAGAGGCCAGUGAGCUCCUGCAGUCGGUGCCCUCCAUGUUCAACUUCCGGGCGCCCCCCACGGCCCUGCCGGAGAGUCUCCUGCGGAAGGGCAAGGAGCGCUACACCUGCAGAUACUGCGGCAAGAUCUUCCCAAGGUCUGCAAACCUGACGAGGCAUCUGCGGACCCACACGGGGGAGCAGCCCUACAGAUGCAAGUACUGCGACCGGUCUUUCAGCAUCUCCUCCAACCUGCAGAGGCACGUCCGCAACAUCCACAACAAGGAGAAGCCGUUCAAGUGUCACUUGUGUGACCGGUGCUUCGGCCAGCAGACCAACCUGGACAGGCACCUGAAGAAGCACGAGAAUGGGAACAUGUCCGGCACGGCCACCUCAUCUCCUCACUCUGAGCUGGAAGGCACAGGGGUCAUUCUGGACGAUAAGGAAGACGCUUACUUUACAGAAAUCCGGAACUUCAUUGGGAACAGCAGUCAUGGCGGCCAGUCUCCCCGGAAUGUGGAGGAGAGGAUGAACGGCAGUCACUUUAAGGACGAAAAGGCUCUGGUGACGGGUCACAGUUCAGACUUGCUGGAUGAUGAAGAGGUGGAGGAUGAAGCGCUGUUAGAUGAAGAGGAGGAAGACCACGGCGGGAGCGGAAGACCGGGAAAGGAGCCGGGCACCAGCAGUUUGCACGAAGGCAGCCCCGGGGAGGACUUCGAGGAGGCUGGGGCCCUGGAGGUGGGCUGCAGGACAUCCCCAGGGAGGUACAAAGAGGAAGACUAUAAAACAGGGCUUUCUGCUCUGGACCACAUUCGGCACUUCACAGACAGCCUCAAAAUAAGGAAGAUAGAAGAGGCGCAGUACCCCGAGGCCGAGCUGUCUGCUUUCAGCACUUCCCACAUGCCUGAGGACCUCAAGCAGCCACUGCACAGGAAGUCCAAGUCCCAGGCCUAUGCCAUGAUGCUGUCAUUGUCAGACAAGGAGUCCCUCCACCCCACGUCCCACGGCUCUUCCACCAUGUGGCACAGCAUGGCCAGGGCCGCGGCGGAAUCCGGCGCCCUCCAGUCCAUGAACCACGUAUGA